UGAAAAGAAAAGGAAAAAAAGGCUUUCACCAAUAGAGGGAAGAACUGAGUCAACUGACAGACCCAUGAUGUGAAAUGAUGUUUAAGAAAACAGAAAUCUAGAAGGUAAAACAGCUCCCUCUUUGAGUGACGAUGGACGAGAAUGUAGAACUUGAAAUAUCAGGGCUGCCAAACAAUGUGCAAACACACAUUCAGCAGAUUGUGAGGAAGAAUUCGAACCUCUCUAGUCAAUAUGCUAAAGAGUUAGAAAGAGCUCUGACAAAAGUAGCGGUGCUGCCCUUCGAAGACGAAAUACAACGGCGAAAUUUCUUUGAAAAGGUACAGAGUUUACAGGGUUACCACAUCAUUAAAAUUUUCAACUUAGGAGUUGCUCCACGUCACAAAUCUGCAAAAGAAUCUUCAACCCAAAUUCUGGAGGAUGUGACCAAGAUUUUCGACAUUUGCAUAUCUUUUUGCUACACCAGUGAUGUGUCGAAGCGAGUCUCUUUUGACCUUUACCUGAGUGCAUUGAAAUUUUGCUUUCCCCCGCAUAAUGAGCAAAGCCUACCAAUUACAGUUCUUUCCUUGUUACUCGAACUUGUACAAACUUUUCAGCGCAGAAAAACUAAAGCUGAGCUGGAAAUACUCCCGAAGAACCGACUUCCUGCUAAUACCUGGAAUUUCUUUGGAGAAAUUCUUGAUGUCUUUGAAAAGAGACGACACGAUGGCUACCUUUUAGAAAUAAUUUAUCAAACGGCGAGGCUCGCUACUGCGGACGAAAAACUUGCAAUAAAACUAGUCGAUGAUGCGACAUUGCAAGGCAAAAAAACACUUUCCUCCCUUUUGUUGGUAAAGUGGAUUAAUCUCCUAAAAUCACCAAGCGUUAGCAAUUGUUUUGCGGUUUCUCUGGCAGAAAUUGAUCCUUCUGGAGAGGAAAGUGAACCAUUCUUUUCAGGUGAAAUCUGGUUUGGAGGAUAUGAAUUUCCCUACCAAUCUACCAUUUUGUAUUUUUGGAGAGUUUUAGAAGAGAUCAAUAUGAACUGUAGAGACUUAAGAAUUCCUAACGACAAGGAUAGGAUGGAAAUAUUCUUUAGUCAAAUGAGUCACUUUUGUGUCCAUCCUGAUAUUGCUAUCUUAUCACUCCAUUUAUUAGUGGCGAAAAGUAUUUCCAAUGAAGUGUUGAGACAAACUCUUGAAGUGUUCUUCCAGAAACAUAGAAAGGAAACUGGCCUCACCGAGAAAGCCUCUGAGCUUAAUUUGAAAGUUUUACGAAUACGUCCAGAUGGUGAACUGCUGAAGGAGAUCGUGGAAUUCUGGUUAGGUGAUUUUUCGAAUGAUCCAGGUCACGCCGCUAGUCUUGUCUGUUUGUUGGGCCUUUUCGGGGGAGACCCAAAUAACGAACGCGAAACAGCCAAGAGGAUAUUUAAUUUCCUGGAACGACUUCCUCGUCCUUUCUUAGUCUUGAUACCAUUCUGGCAUGAGAUCUUUUGUUGGCUCAUGAAGAUAUUUCCAGAAUCUUUUGACUUGCGCCCUGAAGUGUUGGCGCUGAUUCAGAAUGCGGCUGUUCUGGCGUCACAGGUACAGGGUCAAUUACAUUUCGCCAACGCCCAAGUAAGAACUGUCCAAUUUUUACGGUGGUUACGCGCACAGGGGUGCACAGAGGAAGCCAAGAGCGAGACGAUUUUGCUUCUUACCUCUAUUACUCAAAGUGAAACAGUGAACCACAGACGGACGACCACGCGUGAUAUGGAUGUUUUGACAUCUCUACAUUUUUGUGAAGAAUUGUCAUUUAGUUCCAAGGAGAACGUUGUUCGUGAACUUGUUUCUCUGGAACCACGUUUAGAGGAAGAGGAUCAGGAAGCUUUAAAACUGUCCAUAGAAAGUAUUUUAUCAAGUCCAGAUUGCGCAGAGGAAAUAUUUUGUGAAAUUUUUGCCCUUGUUAAGAAUUUUGUUGAUGGACAAGGGCCGAAGACUACAGCCAAAGUCUUUUUCGAAGCUCUGAGGUGGUUAUCGACAGUGCCGAUCUCUUAUGAUAGAAGACUUAAAAUGAUCAGGAACUUCUGUAACCGUGAAUCUGAAAUUGGUUUUAAGAACUUCAGGUGUAUUUUGUCGGUACUGACACAAGCUGAAUUUCUCAGAGAAGGAGAUAAGUCCUUUGAUCUUCUGGUUCACGUAGUUCUUGAGACUUUUAAAAGUGAUUUUGGUUUAUGUGAACAGCUGUGUUGUGCUCUAGAGUCUCCUCUUAAGUUCCCCUCAUCAUUUGUUCUAAAGGUGUGGACUUGUGCUGUCGCUGGAUUGAUAUCCUUAGGACUGUAUAAGAAAAACAUUGACUCGUUCUGUUGUCUUCCAGUUUUACGAAGUGCACAUGGAUUUGAUUCACCAUUCGAAGUUCUUCAACUUUUAUUUCUGGCGAGAUCAACGGCUCUCACUCUAUCAAGACGCAACUUAGAAGCUAACUUACGUAGCGGCCCGGAAACCUCUUCACAAUCCUUUUCCAUUGGAGGUAACAACCACCUAAGGAACUUUGUACACGCUUGUCAAAUAAUCCUUGUUAUGGACACUUUUUCAACUACGCAAAAAAUGCUUCUGGUCGUGAAAGUGCGCAAUGUCAUACUUUGUGAGCCUCAGAUCUCCACUGCGUUGACACAUGCCUUGAUGCGUCUAAUCCCGUACGUUUCUAGCAAGGACAAGAUCCAUGCGAAGUUUGACCGCAUCAUUGCCAUAUUAAGUAAUCCUAAAUUGCUAAAUGAGCUCUCAAGAAUUCCAAAAGCUGUUAAUACUAAUGAUAUUGUCCGAGUGGUGGCCAGAUACAUGUUCAACGUGUCAUCUGAAGUUAAAUCAGUGGAGGUUCUCCUGUUCAUUGCUUCCUUACAAGACAAGGAUGAAAAGUUACUCACACAGUUGUUAUCUUUUGUUGAGAUGGCCAUUAAGAUAUCCUCGUCAAUGGAGGAUGCUCUAGAAGUUUUGAAAGAGUUAGUGUAUUUGCUUCGUCAAGUUGAGACAGAAAUGAUUCCUUUUAUGUUAAUAAACUUCGCGUCUUUCAUCGGAAACCCGGUCGACAAACAGGAGAGAGACAAAUUUCUCUUAGAACUUUCCAUGUGGUGGGAAAGUUCUCCCAGCCACGUAGUGCUUUCGGUUUUGGAAGUUCCGCGACUUCUAUGGAAAGUAUACAGUACUAUCAGCAAUCCAGCGAAGAGAGGUGAGCUGAUCGGUCGUGCACAAGAAAUUAUCUGUAGGAAUGAAACAUCGUGGCACGAAUGGAUGGCUAAUGAAAACUACGGUCAGUUUCUAGUACGGCUAUCUGAACAGAUCGCUUGCUGUGAGCUGGAGUGGCUCGUUUUCCAUUCCCCGCUCUCAAAUGAGGAUGCUGCUCUUGCGUUCGAUCUUAGCCGUCUUUUCUUUCGAACACCAGGCUAUCGUCUGAGAUCUUCAUCUUUCUUUGAUGUAACGAUUAAAGAUGGGGGUUUUAAGUUUUGUAGGGAUGAAAGAGCGCCCGAAGUACUUAACGGACGAACUUGCGCAACACCCUUGGUCGAAGAGGAAUCAAUGUUAUCGGACACAAAGCAACAAGGGGCAGUUCUUAUACCCGUUUUAAUGGCCCAGAAAGUGAUUCUUUGUUUGACUCGACUACUCGGGCCACUGGAAAACCUCGCUGAAAAUGCCCUCUCUGUUUGGAAACUUGUCUGUAAAGCACAACAAGAGGCUAGAUUUGUUGAUCAGUGUGGCUGCGACUUUUUAUUCGAUGAUUACCUAGAUAUUUUCGAGUCAAUUCUUGAAGAAGCAUCCUCUAAAGAAAUUGUUUUCCUCUGGGCAAGCCAAAAUCCACACCAUGCUGUUCAGUGGUCAGUCGUUGUUUUCAGUGCACGCAGAUGGCAAAGAAAAGAGAUAAAAGAUACUGACAAUGAUGCUGUUUUAAAUUUUCAAACUCUUGUCAGUACAACAUUGCGUAAAAUACGGCCACCUCGCUUGCCAUGCUUCAGAAAUUGUGAAUCAGACCUGAAGCACUUGAGUAUCUUUCUUGAGCGCCGAUUGCCGAUUGAAGUGACGAAAGGAGUUCUCGAACUCUAUCAGGUGGAUACACAAGCAGGGGUCAUUAUCGGAGAAAUUGUCUCUUCGUGGUCCUCUAUUGAGCAGUCACUGACACUUUUGGAGAAAGUUCGAUCUGACUAUCGAGCAAAUGAUAUGAUACCCACCACAGGAACUAACUUUGUCUUGCAGCUUCUGAAAUCAUUUACUCGCCAUGGUAUGCUAAACACGUGUCAAGAUUUUCUAUCCAUGUAUGAGCACCUAAAAGACAUACGUGACUCAGAGGAUCCAUAUGGUCUCAAAAGGUUGCCCACAUGGAUAAAGGCAAUGAUGGAGGCAGGAGACUACACAACAAGGUCAAUCGACUCCUGGUGUGUAGCCUUCCUGAACACUCCGUUGGUCGAUCUUAAGUCGCGGGACAUUGAUGCCAUUGUCAGUCUAGAUUUCGACGCUCUGCAACUUGUCGCAUCUGUGUCAGAAACAAUCAAAAGAGUCAUCUUUCCUGAAGAUGGAUUUCAAGUCACGGAAGGAGAAGGGAUCAAGUCAAGUUCGAUCAGGGAACGCAUUCAGCUAGCCAAGGUAAUUGGGGAUUUUAUCGAAAUUGUGAGGCUUCUGAAACCCAGCGAAAAUCCCAAAGCAACAAAUGUCACAGACAUCGUUGUCGGUGCCUGCAAUGAGCUUUGUGCAACCUUUGAGGGGAAAAGUGGGAGGAAGAAAAGUGAGCUCUGCAAAAUUCGUGGCCAGGCGCUGAAGGCUAUUUUCACAGAAGUAUUCCUCAGUGAAAAAGAGAGUAAAGAUUUCCUUUUGACAAACCAAGAAGAUCAGAAAGAAAACCCGACACCGUCUGUAUUGAGAAACAAAGAACAUCUUGACCCAGUGCUGGAGCCUUUGCUACGGCGUUGGCUUUUAGGGAUUGUCGGUCAAAGACCAUCCCUAGCCUCUAUCACUCUGGAAAUUCUUCAGCUACUUCCUCCCAACGUUGGCCUUGCUCAUUGUCCAAAUUUUCAAGCUGGCAUUCAAGCUCGCAUUUUAUCAUUUGAAAGAAAUCAAUCGCUCAUGGCCCAACUUCAAGCAGUGGGAUACAACGGGAGAGAGCAAGACAAUCCCGAUCUAUGGUCCUCACCCAAUAUUAAGCUCUCCGGCUUCCUCAGUAAUCGCGAAUCAUCGAGUCGCAGAACCUAUCGCAAGAAAUUGACAGAGGUCCUACGAUUUCAUUGGUAUGGCUGGACGGACCUGCUUUCCAUGUUCAAGGUUGAAUCUGUUGAAGUUGGUGGGGUUGAGGUUCGCAGAGAAGAUCUUUUUGGAUCUCAGGCAUCCCUAGAAGAGAUGGAGGACCAGGUAGCUGCCGUAAAGGAACGGGCCAGGAAACUUAGCUGUGCACCCGUUAAUCCAGAGUUCAAAAGUUCACCAGAAGGAAUUGACAGAUGGAUCAACGACUUGUUACGCAGAGAACAGCAAUAUCGCAGAACGAUAGCAAAGCAGUACGAUCCCCUUAGCAUUCCUGAUUACCGUCAAGAAAUGAAGGAAUUUGCAGCAGUUUGGGAAAACCGGUUUCUUGAGCAGGUGAAUCAAUGUUCGGAGAGAAUUCCAGGUUGCUACGCCCCCAAUGGUUUCCACACCGAAAAACCUGUGAUUUGUGCUCUGUCCGUGGACAACAGGAUACUGACCGUGUUCAAGGAGGAAAGUGGAGAAGAAAUUGAAAAUGUUGAAGUUAAACUCUUUGAAGGUGGAAUGUUUGUUUAUGACCUGCACACGAGUGGCCACGAUUACGUCACGGACGAGCUCUGGGCUGCGUUUUAUAAGAUGCUGCUGGAAAAGAGAUUGGUGCCAAGGAUUGUUUUGUCCCCUGGGAGCCCAGGCUUUUACUGGAUAAGGAACUUUGUGACGCCUGAUACGAGCCUUCCCUAUCCAGAGAAGUGGGAACUACACACGGGCAUUGUUCCCAAACAGGAAGAUGUUUUCGACUACCUCCCGACAAGCACAGCCAUGUGGCAGGAAUCUACGGAAUUUAUUACCCUAACAACGGAGAAUGUUGCUGGUUUUCAGUUCAGUGAUUUUAAGGACGCCAGCAUCGUUGAGGAGAAAGAAAAACGAACGAAACAAAUGGCUGGCACAGCUAUUGAACAACUCCAACUCGAACUGAAGCUUCUGCACGGAGACGACGAACCAAUCAAGGCAGCCUUGGUAAAAAGACUAACGUGGUCAAUCAAGGAGACGGUGAAGGGCAUCCUCGAUGGUGCACAGCCUACGCUAGAGACCGUGAAGGAGCUUACCGACAUGGACAAACUUGCUUUUAGACUCCCAGAAGUGAAGAGAAGUGACAAGAGUAAACAACAGUACGCAACUUGCAACGUUGAGAUGCUUGCCUCUUAA